AUGGCAUCGACAGGACCUUUUGAGACGAAAUGGCCAGCUGACAUACCAGCCCCAGUAGGCGUCAAGCAGUGGAUAGAUGACUUCUAUCACCUCGCUGACGACCAAGCCGCCGACGCGGGUCACCGGCUGGCGGAAUUGUUUACGCCCGACGCGACACAAUUCGGUCUGGCUGGGCCUUUGAAGGGAAGGGAAGCUAUUGCUGCUAAUCGCCCGAAGGCGUGGAUCACGCAGAAAGAACGCAGGCAUGAUCCCCUCGAGGUGUACACCUCCAAAGCAGACUACAGUGAGAUUGUUGUCCUCGGGCGGAUCAAGUCAUGGUUCAAAAAUGGGGAAGUGGUAGAGGCGGAUUUCGUCGCCGGCAUUACCUUUACAGGCGAUACUUCGCAGAAACCACUCUGUUCGCUGUACCGCGUAUGGGGGGAUAGCGCACCGUGGGUGAAAGCGAUGAGCAAAUAG